UGUGACGUUUACGAGAGCUGCUGCACCGUAAGCCCGUAUCAUCAUUUACGCGCGGAAAACCGUCUAGCCAACUACACUAGGACUGGUCCGUCGAGCUAAUCGUCACAACCGAAGCCCAGCGGACAUCGAGCAAAUGGAUAAGCAGCGUGGACUUAUUUUUAAAACCGGAUUAAUACUCCUUUUCCUACUGCAAGUUAUUACCGCUCUGAAAAUCACCAAAGUGCGCGUACCAUCGUCGUACAGCAUAUCGCGCGAGGAAGGCGAAAGUAAACCGCUCAUACUCGGCUGUGAUUACGACAUCGACGAUGAUUCAUCGAAGGGAUUCGUGCUGAAGUGGAAACACAACGAUCUGCAAUUUUACCAAUGGAUACCGUCCAGAAAUCCGAUCGUGUUUAGUUCCUUCAAGGGACACAUCGACCUGGAUUACUCCGAAUCGGACGAUCGGCUCCACAAGCACAGUGUUAUAAAGUUCAUCAACCCAAUGGCCAACUACACCGGCAACUACACGUGCCAGGUGUCGACGUUUGAAGAGCUGGUAUCGAGCACCGCCCACCUGCAGAUGAUCGUACCGGAGACGGACUUUUCGUUGGGCUUCCAGCGGGAAACGAACGGAAGUACGGUGGUGUUUUGUAACGUGGGAGAAAUAUACCCGCUGCCGGAUGUUGCUUUGCGCAUUGACGAUCAACGGGUGUCGGAUGCGGUGGCUUUCGAGCAGGUGCAGGAAUAUACCGGCUAUUACAACGUUUCCGUACAGUACAUCCUACCGGAUCCGGACAAAAACCUGGAGCUCCAGUGCGAUGUGACGAUACCGGCAACGGACUACACGCUGCACAGCAGUAUGCCUUAUCAGGGUGCCGCCUUCCGGGUAAAUGCCGCCACACUGCAAGUGUUCCUGUGUACCGCCAUUACGGUGACACUUGCACGAAUGCUGACCAUGUUCUAGGGUGUUCAGCAGGUGUUCCGGGAUGUUGUGGAAGCAGACCGAAUGCCUUUCCGUUACGGGUUGGCGGCGUACGCUUUGGAAUGAAGCAGUCUUAAUCCUGGUCUUCCCAUGGUUUUCUCCACGCGAGUGUCAAUGUGCAGGUUGAGGAAGCACUCUCACAUACGCCUGUAACAAAAGUAGCUACACACUACCACCUGUCCCCGUUCCCGUCCCCUUCUCCCCUCCCUUACUUCCCCAUCCCGUAUCCGUUCCCAGUCUGUUCGCAGGAUCAAGUGCAAUUAAUCGUUUAUACGUUACGCACCAUCCCCAUUCAGUGCUCCCGCCGAAGGGAAGCGCCGAUGGGUAGUGGUGAAGCGGGAGACCUGUUGUAAAUAAUUGUUUGUUUCUGCUUUAGAAUGCGCUUAUUUGUACACACCGGUACGGUCAGUGUAAUUUCGUCAAACGAAAUACGUUGUGCCUUUUGUGACUUGCGGAGUUGUUUCACCGGACCACCGGAUCGGGCAAAUCCCAGUACCGUAUGCAACGAAUGGAUGUAGAAAUAUAUUUAAAAUAUGUUUUAUAAAUGUUUAAAUUAUUAACCCGCUUGGUGGUACACGCGAGAGUUUGUGUUUUGGUUUGUCUCCAUGAACGGACACAAGUGGAAAAUACGCAAUAGCAACAUUACACAAUUUACUGAAACGAUUCUAUGCUUCAUGUGAUCAUUCUGUGGCCACCAAGCCCGGUGGCAGUGCGCGUGUCCGUGUCCGUGAUUAAUUUAAAUGUGUUGUUUUAGUCAAUGAUGUACGAGACGAUCAUAAUGAUCCUUACGUUGUAUAACACACCGUUGCCGAAUAAAAUUACGAUAAUAU